AUGACUCUCUGUCGCUAUUUCGUAUUUGCUCCCCUUUCUCGAUGUGCUUCCUUUCGUUAUCUUCCCGUGUGCUGCGCUCAGGUACCCGCCCCACUUCUCCCUUCCCUCACCACGUACACACACACACACACACCCACACACACACACGCAUCGACGGUGUUACCCGCAGUGAUCCCAUCUGCGUUCCGCUGGCACUCUUUCUCUCAACACUUUUACUUCUUUCGGCAUUCCACUUCUCUCUCCCCGCGUGCACGCACGAUCGACACCGACCGCCCUGGCCGCACCGACGGGCACCUCGUACAGAACCUCUUUGACCGCCGUAGCGGCGACGAGUGGCGGGAAAGGGGGGAGGGGGAACCUCAACGAAAACAGAAAAAAACGUUCACAUCUGUCGUACGUCGAACCAUGAGCGCUGCGAAUCAGUCCGGUGCUCCUGCGGCGCCGAGCGGCAACAAGGUAACCUUCCGCGUCAUCCUCACCUCGGAGCGGAGUCAACCAUUUCGUGUGAUCAGCAUUGCCGAGGAGGCCCCGCUCACGGCGGUGCUGCGCUUCGCCGCGGAGGAGUUCGGCAUUGCGUCCGUUGACUCCAUGGCCGCGACCACUAAAGACGGCACCGGCAUCAACCCUGCACAGACGGCCGGCACGGUGUUCAUGAAGUAUGGUCAGGAGAUCCGACUAAUUCCGCGUGAUCGCGUCGGUGCUGCCCCCUGCGUCCGCCUUCUGAGGAGCCGGUGGUGGUGUAGGGGGUGA